AGUGGGGCACAUCCCAUCCAUUUCACGUGACUUUCCCUCCACGCCGGCAUCCUAUCCCAGCGAUUCCACUCCCCUACUCCAAAGAAAAAAAAAAUCAAUAUUUCCAUUAAAAAAUAACAAAAAUAAUAAAGGGCAAGAAAAAAAAAGAAUACAGUAAUGAGAUUGGAGGAGAGAUAGCAGCAGAGACAAUGAAGAGGAAGAAGGGAAGACCCUCCCUCUUAGAAAUCCAGAAACGCUCUCUCAAACAACCUCAACAGCAGCAAGCGCUUCAACAAAACCCCCCAAAUGUCCUAAACACUAUUUCUUCUACCAAUUCCAGCCGUCGAUCCGCUCGCCGGAACCCCAAUCUCCACGGAGGCUCCCCAAUUCCCGAUUGGAUUGCCGGAGGAGAUGGUGAUGAUGAUGAUGAUGAUGACGAUGACGAGCGCCAACAGAAGAAGCAUAAGCUAUUGCUCGGCCUCAAUUCUUCUCGUAAUCAUCACCAUUAUCCGAUUCCUUCGGCGCACAAUUCGGCCUCCUGCGGUUCCGAUUCGAACGCGGAUGGUGGCGAUCCCAAGGCAUCCCUCAAGCGACGAAAAGUUACCACCCUCAGUCCAGGAUCUGAUCAAAUGGGAGAAAAAGUAUCCAAAACUACGCACACACUUCAUGGGUCACCGGUGGAGUUUGGCCCCACGACACCUUUGCCAGACAAAAAGUUGUUGCUGUUCAUUCUUGACAGGCUUCAAAAGAAGGACACUUACGGGGUUUUCUCUGAGCCAGUUGAUCUCAAAGAGCUUCCUGAUUACUGUGACAUUGUCGCAAACCCAAUGGACUUUUCGACGGUCAGGAAAAAACUUGAUGGGGGAGCUUAUACAACCUUGGAACAAUUUGAGAAAGAUAUUUUUCUGAUAUGCUCGAAUGCCAUACUGUAUAAUGCACCAGACACAGUUUAUUUUCGACAGGCACGAUCAAUGCAAGAGCUGGCUAAAAAGGACUUUGAGAAUUUGAGGCAAGAUAGUGAUGAAGGUGAACCACAGCUGAAAGUUGUGAGGAGAGGAAGGCCACCUGGAAAGAGUCUCAAAAAGUCAUUGGAGUCAUUGUCUUCUGACCGUGUUGGUUCCGAGUUUUCCUCAGAUGCAGCUCUAGCUUCUGGAACAGAUGCUUCCGGCCUUCCCAAUACUUACAAUUUGAGGAAAGGACUUGGUUUACAAAAGCACCAGCCUGCUGAUACAUUAACUAGGCCCUCCUUGGGUUCUCAUAGCAAGGAAAAUUAUGCCAAUUGCUCGUCUGAAUGGGAGAAUGAAUUUCCAGCUUCUGUUGUGAAGGCUGUGAUGAAGUAUGGAAUGAAACAUUUUGCAGUAGAUGAGAACAGGCGCGACACCUACAACUAUUCAUUGAAUUCUGGACAUGAGCAGCCUAUCUUUUCCACCUUGAAUGGAGAAUUGAAGCAGCUAAUUCCGGUUGGUUUGAUUGCAGAAAAUGGCUAUGUUACUAGCUUGGCACGAUUUGCUGCAGAUCUUGGACCUGUUGUUUGGAAAACUGCUUCAAGGAAAAUUGAUAGUGUUUUGCCUAGCAAGGUGAAGUUUGGUCCUGGAUGGGUAGAAGAAAACAGGUCGAUUGAGCAGCCACAAUGUUUGUUUUCUGGAAAGCAGAGAUCCUCAAACUCUACAUCUGGUAACCAUUCUAGCAUACAUUUAGCUCUAGCUACUUCUGGUUCAAGCUCUAUUGCUGCAAGUAGAUCUCCUUUGCUAUGUAACGAAGACAUCAAAACCAUUGGACUAAGCUCUCAAAAGGAUUUGACUUGUGCACCUUCUCAUCAGUUUCAGCAAAGACCUUCACUGCACUUGGGUAUUGAUGGUUCUCUAAGUGGGUUCGGGAUUGGUUAUGCCCCUCAAAUGGGACUGGCAUUACAGCCUAUGAAUUCCUUUUGUGGAAACACUCCUAAUAGUUCGGCCAUGUGCACAAUGCAUGCAAGCAAUUUUGUUUCGAAAGAGACUAAAGUAGCAGAUAAUUCAGUUGGUUUACAUUCCAGAAAUGCAAUGGUGUCGCACCCAGAUUUAGCAUUGCAACUCUGAUAAUUUGUGGCAAGAAAUGUAAAGAUUGAACUGAAUAUAACACAUUUGUUGAUUGGAAAGUUGGAGUUGAGUAGUUCUACAAAAAAAGAAGCCAGCCAUAUGAUCAUUAUGUAGGGAAAAAAAUAUACUGUACAGAGUGAUAAAUCAAAAUUUUUAAUUAGGUUAAGAAAGCCACAGAUUUAUGUCACAGCUGAAUUGUUGAGAUAGUUUACAUGAAUAAGAAUACAAGUUCAUCUCAAA